AAAACCCCUUCCCUAUCCCCUCUAAUUUCCCCACACUCCGUGACAUCAGUGCGCGAGGAGGCGGGUCCAGCCUCUCCUCCAAGUGUUUUGGGGUGCCAACGGGAGAGAUGUCUCUUUUGGAGAGGACUGGCUUUUACGCACGGAGGACUGCGAGGCUGACGCUUCUGAAUCCCCCAAAUCCAGCAUGGAUAACGGAUCCUUCCGAGGAAUUGACCCGAACUGCACCGGGCAACCCCCUCUGGCCAUCGACAUCAUCCGGGAGCUGGAUCUUUUCGGCACCAUCUUGUACGCCAUCCUCACUUUCAUGGCCGCGGUUUCCAUGCUGGUCUUCCUCGAGGAAUGUAUAUACAUCUAUAAAAAAGUGCCCGCCAAUAAGAAGAGUGUGAUCAUCUGGGUGAAUGGAGCGGCGCCGAUCAUCUGCUCCAUGUCGUGUCUGGGGAUGUGGAUCCCCAGGUCCACCAUGUAUACCGACAUGACCUCAGCUUGCUACUUCGCCAUCGUGGUGUUCAAGUUCCUGAUCAUGAUGCUGGAGGAGAUCGGAGGUGAUCAGGCCUUCCUGCGGCGGAGGGGAAAGCACACGCUGAAGAUUAGCACCGGGCCGUGCUGCUGCUGCUGCCCCUGCCUCCCACACGUGGCCAUCACGCCACGGACUCUCUUCCUCCUCAAACUUGGCUCCUUCCAGUUUGCCCUCCUGAAGGUUGUCUUCACACUUCUCUCCAUUGUCCUCCACACCAACGGAAACUUUGUCCUGACGGACAUGAGCAUCACCGGAGCAGUGAUGUGGAUUAACCCGUUGGUGGGCGUCUUGACAAUCAUUGCUUUGUGGCCCGUGUCCAUCAUAUUUAUGCACCUCAGGACCACUCUGCUGACAGUUAAGAUUAUCCCCAAAUACGCCAUGUACCAGCUGAUCCUGAUCCUGACCCAGCUGCAGUCCGCUAUCAUCAACAUCUUAGCGAUAAAUGGAGUCAUCGCCUGCUCCCCGCCAUUUUCUUCUGUCGCCAGAGGAUACAUGCUCAGCCAGCAGCUGAUCAUCCUGGAGAUGUUCAUCAUCACUCUGGUUACGCGGAUGCUGUACCGAAGGCAGUACGACCCUUUGCCCAGAGAAGAUCUAGACGACAACGAGAACACAAAGAUGGUGGUGAUAGCGGACUCUGCGUGAAAACUCAGCAAAAGGCUCUGACUUUACUACAAAAGUUUGCUUGAAUUUGUAUAAAUGUACACAGCUGCGUCCAAAGUUACAGAAAGGAUACUCGUGUCAAUUUAUGUCUUUGACCAAAAACACACACAACAGCUGAUGUGUUUCGCUGCAUAGUUUUGUCGCUUUUUUAAAGCUCCUUUCAAAUUUUGCAGCUCAUUUAAACCUAAAGCUGUUGAUUAUUUUUGUUCUUUUUGAAAGAAACAGUCCAGAUUCGUCCACACAUCUGCACAUCAGUUAAAAACAGGAUCAGUCAGGACUUUUUUUCCCCAAGCAACAAACUGUAAGUUCAUAUUUAAUCAUUUAUAGCGAGCUGAAAGCAGGAAGGAAGACUGAAAAAACACUGCUGAUUACAUACAGACAUAAUGAACUGAUUUAUCUCACUGCUAGAAGACUGAAGCUCAACAGGAUCUAAGGAUUUAUGGCCACAGCUCUUAUUAAGUUCAUGUGUUUAAAGCAAGUAAUAAAGCUUUAGUCUGUAAAAUAUAAAUCACGUGUUUUGAGAACAGCCCGAAAAAAGAAAUGUCAAAAUGAAGUUUUACUUGUUAUGCAUUUUAUAAAAUGUUUAGGAAUUUUACAAAUUACAUUUUUGACAUUUGAUUUUCCAUAUUUCGUGUUCUGUUAUAAUGUGUAUUUUGGCUCCACCUGGUUUGAGUUUUGUUGCUUUUUGCUCAAACACCUGUUUCCCAUAAUACCUCAUUCUCUCAGUGUAUUUACAUUUGGAGUUUUUCUGUUCUCUAUGAACACAUUCUUGGGGGUUUGUUUUUUUUGUGUGUGUGUGUGCCUUCAAAUCACACAUUUGAUUUUCAGUUUCUGGAUUGAUUGAUGCUUUGGUUCCUCAACAGAUGCAAUUUGGACUGAUUCCUAGAGGUUUGCUGUCAACUUUUGUACCAGACUUUGCCUUCUCUGAGCCUUUCUGACAUUUUUAGAUCCAUUUUUUGAUUAAUUUUUUCAACACUUACUGUGCUUGUGUAUCUUUUAAGCUGUCUCGAAACACGAGAGAGAUUAUUUUUAAUAGUCUCGUCUGUUUUUUUUUUUUUUUUUGUAAACCACAUAAACAAAAACUUAAACUGGAAGGGAAAGCGUUAAGUAUUUAGUCACAAUGCGAUUAAAAUUAAUACAGUUUCAGUCAGUGGAAUAAGCGAUUAAACACUUAUAUUCUA